AAGGUUAACAGUAGGUGUUCUGAGGGUUAACGUUACCGCCAGGAAACGUGAAGACACGCUUCUGUGACGCAACAACAGGGAAGUUCAGGUUGUUGUUGUUAUGCCAGCUGCGGGGCGAAGACACGAUUUCCCGCGCUAGCUUUGGCCCCUUCGGCUUCCAGCGAGCGCAACCACAGUCCUAAAUCUCUCUGUUGGCGCCAGCCGGACGUGUCGAAAGGAUGAGCGUUUAGUCACCGUAGCUGUUAUCGCUCACAAAAGAAAAUGGUGAGCGGAGAGCCCAUCGAGGACUUGCGGUACUUGUUCGACUCGCUCUCUGUUGACGACGAAGGCUACGAGUCGCCCAAUCAUGAGGAUGACGGCGACGCGAGUCCUACGGUUCGGCGCCGCGGACCCGUGCGUCGCGCUACAGUGCCUCGGCCGUGCCCGUAUCGUUAUGGCAGCGCCGACGAAUGGAGUCCCUCGUCCGACAACCGGCCUUCGUCGGUCGACUCGGCCGUUUCUCUGUCUCCGCCAGCAUCGAACGAGACGAUAUGCAGUACCUCGAGCAGCGGCGCUGAACUGGAAGACGGCGACGACCCAGAAAAGCCAGCCAGAAUCGAGGAAAUACUAAAAUAUCUGCACCAUGGCGAACCCCCGUCCUUGCCUGCCUCAGUUGAGGAGAUCAACCGCCAGCCUCCUCAAUUCAAGCCUAUUCGGCCGCGAGAAGACAGUGUGCGCAGGGAUGACCCCGUGAGCCCCCCGGUUAGGCACCCCAAUCCAGAGUGGCCACAGCAGGCACGUCUACGCAAGGAGCUGCCCUUGGUUGCAAUCAACAAUGCCGCCGCUAUUGUUGCAAAGCUGCAAGCCAGUGGCAGACUAAUGGUUCGAGACUCCAAAGGCCGCACGUAUGUGCAUGAAGCUGUGGCCAGCGGGAAUCUCGCGCUGUUCUACAAGUUGGUGGUGCGGCUUCUCCGGGACAACAGUUGCCGGCUCCUUGAAUCGUGCGACCACAUGGGGCAGACAGCACUGCACUAUGCGAGCAUGCUACGGCAGGAACUCGUAGUGGGCGUGUUGUGUGAGGCAGGCGUGCAGCGGGACGCGCAAAACGAGGAUGGGGCCACGGCCAUGCACCUGGCGGCUGAGCGAGGAGGCCAUUCCUGCAUUGAGCAGUUGCUGGCACCCCCAUGCCCUGCCUCAGUCAAUGCCCAAGAUCUCAAAGGGCGCACACCACUUCACCUGGCCGUCUUGUCCCAUGGAGGUCAACUGUGCAUCGAAAACAGCAAAGGCCAGCCGCCCACGUACGAGACGAUUAACAGCUACAGAGCGGUCAACUGCUGGCCACCACUACCAAUGCCCAGUUGAGCUUGCAGGAUCGGGUGGGAGAGACUGCCUUGCACUACGCUGCCCAACAUUACAAGGUCGACCUUGUCGAGCUUCUGCUGCUCAAUGUGGACAGCCCCAGCAGACUGGUUUCCAUUGCCAACACUGCGGGUGACACAGCGCUGCACAUGGCUUGCCGGUCCGCUGGCCAAAAGGUAGAGCGGCUGGUGCGCCUUUUGGUGCACCAUGGGGCACCAGUAGAGGCACUGAACAACGAAGGGAUGCGCCCGAUAGAUCCUGCUGCCCCUUGACCUGCAGUUGGAGGUGGGCUUGCUUCUGGAUAUCUGAAGAGGGAAAAGCUCAGCUGGCUGUGCUGCGACUAAGGGACUGUCAUCUCUUCUAUCUCCCCGUGCUUACAACUGUGGGCCCUGCCAGACUGCACCUUGAGGUGAAAUGUUUGCAAUUGACUCUGGUUCGACGGAGAAGACUCAAUUUUCGACCUCGUUUGAUGGAACAUUUACCGGUGCCUAAAACUCGUGCUUUGGAAGGGACACCCGCUACCAAUCAUUAUGAAGGUAGGAUUCAGAGUGCAGUGAACAUUUGCACUUCUGAUGAGCUUAGUCACAGUCACCGGUGCCUACAGCCACCUGAGCUGAUAUUUUCCUUUCAAAGAAGCAUCAUGCUACUUAGGGAAGGUUGCGGCACUCACCAACUCAUAGGCAGAGCGCAACUAAGAUUUCUUGCUCUUUCAGAAGGCUGCCAAUGAUUUCAAAGAGGUUCUGCGAUUCUAGACAGAGAUAAAUUUUAGAAACUUAGAGGUUGAAAGGAGAACCUGUAGAAGCUCGCUUCUAGCACAGCGGGUAUGUGCCUUCUUGAAAUGCACCCGCCAGUCUCCUGCGACAACGGGCUGUUGCUUAUGGUGCAUUCAGACGACGGAUUGAAUCCCGAUGUGGCGGGACGGACGGCGCGUCACGUG